AUGGUGGUAACGUUUUUUCGAGGCCAUCCUACGGAUCGCCUGCUUCCAGCGUCAUUGAUUUUGGAGGCUGCCAAUAGAGUGCUGGGUAGUCCAAAGCCCUACAGUAACGAUGAAAAGAGCCGGAACCCGUUGACCUAUGGCCCCGACGAAGGGUCGUACUUUGUGCGGCAGCAAAUAUGCAAAUGGUACAAUGGCGUUUUGAACGGAACGGCUACUCCAGAAUGUAUUAAUUUAACAAAUGGUGCUAGUUAUGGCGCACUAAUUGCCUUAUUGCGGACAACGUCCCCUCAGUAUACCAAGGGGGCCUACGUUGUGAGCCCCACGUAUUUUCUCAUUAAUGGGAUUUUUGAAGACGUGGGGUUGCGUAAACAGCUGAGAUCUUUGUGUGAAAAGGACGACGGGCGUUAUGAUCUGGAUGCACUGGAGGCUGAGCUAGCACACGAAAAGGAGAGCAGUCCCCAGAAGCCCAGCCGGUUCACUUUUCGAUAUGUUCUCUAUUUGGUGCCUACUCAUAACAAUCCAAGCGGCCACACCGUGCCACUUGAAGACCGCAAGCGCUUGCUUGAAAUUGCCCGUCGCUAUGAUCUUCUUAUUCUGGCAGACGAGGUCUACGAAUGGUUGAACUACACCGACAAGCCUAAUCCGACUUCUUUGACGACAUUGGAUCGCGAGACACUUCCAGAAGGGUCAAUUGGCAAUGUUAUUGGCAACUAUACCAUUUCGAAAGUUCUGGGCCCGGGGCUGCGGGUUGGCUGGCACGAAACAGCCACUCCCGAGCUUGCCUACCACCUGUCGCAAUUAGGAUCCGUCAAGUCAGGAGGCACACCAGCACAUCUUAAUACGUAUUUUGUGGGUGAUAUGAUGGAGAGUGGUGCUAUCGAUAAAGUAAUUCUAAACCUCAAUACCGUGUAUGGCGAGCGGGCCCAUGCCUACCGGGCGGCUAUGGAAAAAUACUUACCGGCGGGAACCAAAAUCGACGGGGGCAAUGGGGGCUAUUUUUUCUGGCUAAGGUUCCCAAAUGGCUACGAUAUUCACGCUAUCACUCAAAAAUGCAAAGAUGCCGGCAUUAUGCUGGCCCCUGGCCAACACUUUGAGGUGACUGGCCAGCCGCACGGCUGGGGAGACCAUCACUUUAGGGUUUCUCUGAGCUAUCACGAAUCUGACGAAGCUACAGAGGCUAUAAAAAAGUGGGGCGAAAUUUCCCAGACGUGUCGCAAGUGA